AUGGAACGUUGUUUCGGGCAUCAAAUUGAAACAUCCUCUGUCCAUCCCGUGCUACCUGUUAGUGUUUCCCAAAGAAGAGAGCUUUGGUAUUGUCUUCUACGACUGUUUGAAUAUUGUCGUACCAGUACGGACUUAACUGCUCUUAAGAUACUUAAGGAAUCGGAAUUAGAACCACUACAACUUGUGAACCGUAGAAUCGGUAGGAAAUAUACCUAUGCCUAUCAUUCUGCUUAUAUCAACACAUUUAUCAACUGCAAUCAGAUAUUUGAAGCCUUGGACACGUUCCAUGAUAUUGUUGACACCCUUUUAAAUGAUGGUGUUAGUUUCACGGAGGUAGUCCUGAACCUUCCUACCAAACGAUUGGUUCAUUUCUUAGUGCACAACAAAGCUUGGGAUGAACUAUGUUCAUUGCUUGAAGAGAUCUACGAACAUAAAGGGUGUGCUGGUCAACUAGAUAUAGAUGAUAGUUGGGUACAGUUUCUUCAAGGCGCAGUGACUGGCAAUCAUUAUGGUCUAUGUAAGUUAUUGACUGAUCAUUAUAUCAUGAAGAAAUACGGCAACAACAAUGAUGAUGAUCUAUUUGGUAGCAAUUUAAGUGAACUAUGUGAUGGUCUAGUGAUGCUGAUCCUUCAAGUUCUCUCCCGGAACGGUGAUGUUAUGUCGACCAUUUCUGUCAUUGAAACCUUUUAUCUUCAUAAGAACAUGCGAGGAGAAAGAGGAUUGACAAAGGAUCUGAGCAUUGAUAUCAUCCGUGCGUAUUGUACAUUUCAUGAUCCUAACAGUGAAGAUGAUAACAUGUUCCCAAUCCUUGAUGUCAUCAACAAGUUUGUUGUUCGAUUCGGCAAGAUAAAUAUUAAGCUAUCGUAUAAGGAUAUUGGUGAUCUGCUCUCAAGUCGCUUCUUCCACUAUUGCCUGGGACUUGAGCUGGAACAAACUCAAUUGAACCCGAAUAAGCAUUUGGAUGGUCAUUUAAGAGGUAACCCCUUUGCCAAUCUCUUAGUCUUGGAAAAGUUCAUCACCACUCACGUUCAACGUAUGAUUGAUAAUAACUUUGAAUCAACGACUUUGACUUUGUUUGUCAACUGUGUUCUCAAUCAUGUUAGUACACACCAGAACUUGACAGGAGUGAUCAAAGUGCUUUCGUCCUUACAUCAAACCAAGAUUAAGCAGUCUUCUAUUCUAGACCCCGAUCUGUAUCUGAUCAUAGUUCAUGCCUUGGGCAAGUCAUCCACUAGUAAAUAUUCUAGUGCAGUUCUCUAUAAGCAUUUGGUACAGAAUGACCUAUUACUACCAUCGCAUAUGAAAGACUUUAUCCUGUCGUCCAUUCGACUGACUUAUGGGCAACCGUUGUCGUGGAUAUCAAUGACUAACCUUCAGUUCUUUUUCUACCAAUACUUAAGUCAUGUUGACGGUGAACAUGUCGACAUGUAUGUGCGCGACAUAUUGGAGAACCUAUUGAGUAUGAUAGAGCUGGAGUCUUCGUUGCGACAAACUAUCGAAUAUGUACUUGAUCUUGAAAAGGUAGACAUCAACCACGUUAAUGAUCAUUGGCACAACGAGGGGCUUCUGGACCAACUACAAUCGAUCAACUCGAUGGUCAACCAAGAACUAAAUCAAGCAAACCUUCAUAUGAGAGAUAUCGAUUUACGUGAUGCUAAAAGAUUAGAAAGGAUAUUGUCAUAA